UCAGUGUCGUUCCGCUUUAAUAUGUAUGCCUGUUUUUCAAAGGCGGCCGUUCCAUAAAUGGUCAAAAUAGGAUAUUUCCAAUUCAUAGAGAGUCAUGGUCGUUCGUCUGCGCUUGAUUGAAAUGAUCCACGACAAGUCACACGGGCAACUUGGCUACAAUGUACCGAGGCUACAAAGGGCGCAGUCUGUGAUACCCCGUGGAAAACUGGGACUGUGCAGGGUUGAGACCGGCUGAGAUGUCGGGGUCAGUGGAUUGUGCUGGAGCCCCCCGCCCUGCGCCGAGCGCUCGGCCUGCUCCCCGGGAGAGGGCGGCAGGGAAGGUCCGGCCCAUGUUUGGAAAUGUUGACAUACGGGCGCCGCCUGCGAGCGGCGAGCUGCAAGCGAAACUGCUAGAAGGUGCCCCUAGAGGGAAGAUCGGAGAGCAGUGGGUUAAGGAGCUGCGACUCUCCCGGGGAAUCGGCAUUUCCAGGCACCAUGGCUCAAGCUAAGAUCCUCGCCAAAAUGAAUGAAAGUGAGAGGAACAGCAAGUUCAGCAGAUCCUUGUCCAUGGCGGAUCGAUCGGGACAACUGCUUGAGAGCCUGGAUCAGCUAGAGCUCAGAGUGGAAGCUUUACGAGAGGCAGCGACUGCGAUGGAGCAGGAGAAGGAAAGUUUGCUGGAAAUGAUUCAGUCUGUGAAGAACAGCCAGGAGAUGCGAACCAUCAGUGAUGGGGAACGGGAGGAGCUGACGUUGACCGCAGACCGCCUGCUUGGUCGAACCCUGACUGUCGAGGUUUCCGUGGAAACCAUCCGUAACCCCCAGCAGCAGGAAGCUCUGAGGAAGGCGACGUCUGAGAUUGAUGAGAUCGCCUCCAAAGUUCUGGAUGACUUGGACGGUGCCAGAAAGCGCCUGAUGUCUCUGCAUGCAGCCUGUAUCACUGAGGCACCCCUGGGUCCUGUGGAUCAGAAGUUCCAGACCAUAGUCAUCAGCUGUGCCUUGGAGGACCAGAAGAAAAUCAAGAGAAGGCUGGAGACUCUGAUCCGAAAUGUGGACAACACAGGAAAAACCAUAAGGAUUAUGGAUCAGCAGAAAGUCGACCUUCCAAAAACCUCAAAUGGCAACUAAACCUGCCUGUGCUAUUGUUACUGUAGAGCUAACAUAACGACUAUUAUACACUCACUAAUCUAUAAGAGCUUAACAUAACACUCUCCUGAAGAAUUAAGAUUUCAUAGCAUGAUGGCAUCAUAUACAUUCCACUGAGCAUAAGAAAGAUGGAAAACGAGAAGGCCAUUAGGUUUGUCUGAAAGGAGUCAUUCAAAGAAAUCCCAGUUUUUUUAAAUUCAGGAUUAAGUGAAAAGAGUUAAGUUCAGAAAGCAGUAAAAAUAUUGUAAACAGGAAAGCUAGUUUUCAAGUGUCUUCAGACAACACUGUGGAAAUGUGGAAUUUUUUUUACAGUGCUGCAGUUACUGAAUGAGAUGCCCUGAAGUCCUUCGUCGUUAUGCCAUUCUUAUUUCAUUGGGUAUCAUUCAGAUUGUGAACAGUGCAGCUUUUUACAUGUUAAUCUUUUUCUGUAACACCCUUUUGUUGUGGAAAAUACAGUGUGUGGAAUACAGUGACAUCUGGUUGCUACAGUUUGCUUCUUUGCAAUCCAAAGCAAGUGUGAAGUGAGGUGUCGCUCCUCAUUGCAAACUGCUGGACAUGGCGCACGUUGUUCUCCAGUCUAGCAAAGUAUAUAAAAUAUAUUAUAUUUUAGCCUAAGAAAACAUCUGGAAUUUGAGUGCAAUUAAACAAUGAGAAAUGUU